AUGGAUAGUGGAAAAGAACAAAUUUCAGACAAUGUCUCCGUUGUGGAGACAUCUCCAGUGGGUGAUGAUAUAUUAGAUAAUGGGCUUAAUGCAGGAUUAAAGAACCGUAUGAUCAAUUUGAUUGCCCUUUGUGGUGUCAUAGGUCCAGGUGUGUUUAUCGGAAUCUCAAAUGCGUUAGCUUCUGGUGGACCAGUUGGUCUCUUGGUCGGUUUUAGUAUAGUUGGAAUACUUGUUAUUUCCAUGAUGUUUAGUAUUGGUGAACUUAAUGCAGCCUAUGAUCAAAAUUUUGCAAUAUUGGCUUCUAGAUUUGUCACCAGAGGCUUUGGUGCAACCGUGGCUCUCUACUAUGUUGUGGUUUGGAUAACAAAUAUCAUAUCAGAAUACACUUCUCUAACUGCUGCCUUACAAGUUUAUUCAACGAAAAUACCAACUUAUGGUUGGUUUUUAAUAUUUUGGCUUGUUUUCACAAUUUUCCAAACUUUGGAUGUUAGUUGGUGGGGUGAAAGUGAAUAUGUGUUGGGAGUUAUGAAACUAAUGUUUUUAACAGGGUUUUACAUUUUCGCUAUCGUUUAUGCAGGGGGUGGUAUUAAAGAUCAUAAGCCUGAUAACCCAUUUGGAAAUUUCCCAUUAAGGUCUGGCUUCAAAGGUAUUGCAAACUCGUUUGUUUAUGCUGGUGUGUACUAUAGUGGAGUUGAAGGUGUGUCCAUGCUUGCAGGUGAGUCAAGAAAUCCAAGAAAAGCCAUUCCUGUUGCUGUUAGAAACACUUUUAUAAGAGUUUUCUAUGUCUAUUUUGGGUUAUCUAUUUUUUACGGUAUAACAGUGGCUUAUAAUGAUCCAAUGUUGACCUCUGGUGAUAAAGUUUUGAAAUCACCAAUGACUAUUGCUUUUACAAAUGCUGGUUGGGCAAAUGGGAAAUAUUUUGUUACUACCAUGAUUUGGAUCACUUGUUUCAGUUCUAUUAAUUCUGCAAUUUUUUUCGCUUCAAGAGCAUUAUUCACUUGGGCUAAAGAGGGUUAUGGUCCUAAAAUCUUUACAAAAGUCAAUAAAAGAGGUAUUCCUUAUGUUGCCAUUCAUUUUGUUCAUCUUUUUGGGUUUUUGUCUAUUUUGUCUUAUAAAUCAGGUUCAAGCGUGGCAUAUAAUUAUAUCGUUUCCGUUACAGGGGUUGCUUCAUUUAUUGUUUGGACAUGUAUUUCAAUAACUCAUUUGAGAUUUAGAAAAGCCUAUAUCAAAAAUGGAUUACCAUUAGAAGAGUUACCAUUUUUAGCACCACUGUUUCCUUGGUCAAAUUAUAUUGCAAUUACUUUAGGAAUCGUAUUGACUUUGGUUCAAAGUUGGUCAUGUUUUGUCCCAUUUGAUUACAAAACAUUCAUUGAUGGUUAUAUCAUGCUACCAUUAUUCUUUAUAGUAUGGUUUUGCUAUGAUUUUUUUUAUUUUAAAAAUGGUUUCAUAAAAUUCAAUGAAAUUGAUUUUGAUUCAGGAAGAAGACCAGAUUUAGAUGAUUUACCCGAGAAGCUUUCAUCUUCCUAG